GGUGCUUGUUUUUUUAUUAUUACUAGUAGCCAUUAGCCAAGCCACCACAUUCUGAUUUUUUGCUUCUGCAAUGGAAUACCAGCCUAUUCUUCUUCUUCUUUUUCUUGUCCUGUUCUCAACAGUGCUUCUCAAUCCAGUGCACAUUCAUGCACAAAACAACAGUGGCACUAUACUUGUUGGGCAGUCUCUGACUGCAGCUCAGACCACCUCCAGAAGACAACCGUGGGUCUCCUCCCCUUCGGGCGAUUUUGCAUUCGGGUUCCAGCAACUUAAUGGCACAGACCAUCAGUUCAUGUUGUGCCUAUGGUAUGCUAAUGUAACCGAGGAAUCCAUUGUAUGGUAUGCCAGUGGCCCCCCUGCACCAGAGGGAUCUGAAGUGCAGCUAGAUGCCGAUCGUGGUCUGGUUCUCAGUGAUCCUCAAGGAAGAACACUGUGGAAAUCGGACGGGUUCAGUGGGAAAGUUGCUUACGGCAUUCUAAAUGACACCGGGAAUUUUGCCCUUCUUGCCACGAGGAAUUCUUCCACCAAUCUAUGGGAUACCUUCAGACAUCCAACGGACACUCUUCUGCCUGGCCAGGUGAUGGAUAUUGGGUCCCAGCUCAUCUCCCGCCGCUCGGAAGCCAAUUUCUCACAAGGCAGGUUCUAUCUUGUGAUGAGAGAUGAUGGGAAUUUGGUGCUUUCAACCAAAAGCCUUCCAACCAAUACAGAUUUCGAUGCGGAGUACUACAACACCCAGACGUCUGAUCCUUCGAAUCAGACAAAUACUGGCUUUAAAUUGAUGUUCAGUGAGAAUGGAUCAGUGUCUAUACUUAAAAGAAACAAUGUAGCGGUGGAGCUUAAAUCUGUCUCUAACUCCAUAUCUAUGGAAAAUCAUCUGAGACUGACUCUGAACUUUGAUGGAGUGCUGGGUCUUUAUCAGCAUCCCAAGAAUCCUGUUGGUAACCAAAGUUGGAUUCCCCUUUGGACUCAACCAGAUAAUAUUUGUCGGGCAAUUGCUGGGAACUAUGGAAGUGGGGCUUGUGGAUAUAACAAUGUCUGCUCGCUUGAUACUAACAACAGACCAUAUUGCGAGUGCCCCCCAACUUAUACGUUGGUUGAUCCCAGUGACAAACAUGGAAGCUGCACCAGGGAUUUUCUUCAGAUAUGUAAUAAGGAGACUUCAGGUGAAGAUCUGUACAAUAUUAUUGAGAUAGCUAAUAUGAAUUGGCCCUUUAACGACGUGGAACACAUCAAUCCAUACAGUAAAGAAGAGUGUAGGGCUGCUUGUUUGAAUGAUUGUUUAUGUGAUGUUGCAAUUUAUGGAGGCAGCGGUUGCUGGAAGAAGAGACUCCCGCUGUCAAAUGGGGUUAAGGAAAUAAGCGGAGAUACAAUAGCUUUUCUCAAAGUAAGGAAAGGUAUUGUUCCUCCUAAAGAUCAUGGCACUCCAGCAAGUCUAGGGGAGAACAAGGACAAAGGUUUCUUAGCUAAUAAAGUGCUCUUGGGAACCUCUGUGUCUGUCAACAUUCUACUCAUUGCUGCAACUUGUUCGGUAUUAGUGUUUAUCAUUCAUAGCAGGGAUUUCAAGAAAACAGCCUCUGCUUCCCCUCUGGUGCAAUCAAAUCUGUGUUGUUUCUUGUACAAAGAGCUUGCAGAAGCCACAAAGGGGUUCACAGAAGAAAUAGGCAGAGGGGCUUCGGCAAUUGUUUAUAAGGGAGAGACACAAGUGGGUAUUGUCGCUGUGAAGAAGCUGGAUCGACUGGAUCAAAAUUCAGCAGUUGAGUUCAAAGCUGAGAUGAAUGUGAUUGGCCAAACACAUCACAAAAACCUGGUUAGGCUACACGGGUAUUGUAACGAAGACCAACAUCACAUAUUGGUUUAUGAGUACAUGAGCAAUGGAACACUAGCAAACUUCCUUUUCAGUGAUCUAAGGCCAUGUUGGAGUGAGAGGGUUAAGAUCGCGAUAGGGAUUGCUCAUGGCCUCGCAUACCUACAUGAUGAAUGUAGCACCCAGAUCAUUCAUUGUGACAUCAAGCCUCAAAACAUACUUCUUGAUGAUCAUUACAAUGCCCGAAUAUCAGAUUUUGGGCUGGCAAAGAUUCUAAUGCUGAACGAAAGUAGAACAAACACCGGCAUUAGGGGCACAAAAGGAUAUGUGGCUCCUGAGUGGUUCCGAAACAACAAAGUCACAGUGAAGGUAGACGUGUACAGCUUUGGGGUGUUGCUGAUGGAGAUCAUAACUUGUCGGAGAAAUGUGGAGGAUGUAGAAGCAUGUGGAGAAGAUAAAGCUAUUCUGGUUGAUUGGUUGACCGAUUGCUUCAACGAUAACAGAUUGGAUUUGUUAGUUGAAGACGACGCAGAGGCUUUGGAUGAUAUGGAGAAGAUCAAAAGGUUCAUAAUGACUGCAAUAUGGUGCAUUCAGGAAGACCCUUCUCUGAGGCCAACCAUGAGAAUGGUGACCCAAAUGCUUGAAGAGAUUGUUCAAGUUCAUGUGCCUCCUUACCCGUAUCCUCUUACUGGUACCAACUGAGACCUGUUCUAUUUCAGGGGAGUGAUGAUAACAAAUUGAAAUAUUUUGUUAUAUUUCAAGAAGGGAGUAGGGGUAAUGCCUGUGCAUGAGAAAUUUUUCUUGGCUUGUUGUUGUUCGUGAUUUAAGGUUUAUGUUAUUUGUUUUACUACUGCAUUAUUUCUCAAAAUUUGAAAUAUUCAUAGUUAAGUGCAAUAAUAGACUCAAAGAUUC